AAUCAAGAAGCUGACGCGGAAAACUAGAACUGCAUCGUUUUUUUGUUUUUUUCAUGUAACCGGUAUGUAAAUACCACUUUGUCACGCUUUGCAUAGAUAACGCUAUCUUUAAUUUAAUGUCAGGAGCACCUCGUUUAGAUGUGUCCGACCAUUGUAGCACUUUAAUAUUAGUGGAAAGCUGAUAUGAAAGCGUGUGAACUGAUGUGCUGAGAUGCUGUCCACCGGUCCAGACCUGCGGCUGCUGCGGCUUUUGUCUUGUGUAACUCUCAUCUUACUUUCUGAAGUUACUGAGGCCAAGAAGGAUUUAAAAAGCGCCUGUAAUACCUGCCAGCAAAUCACUGACAACUUCAACAAGGGCUUUGAGAAAACAGCAAAGCAGAACUUUGGAGGAGGAAACACAGCCUGGGAGGAGAGGAAACUGUCUAAAUAUGAGACGAGCGAGAUUCGCCUGAUGGAGAUUGUGGAGGUACUGUGUGACAGCAGCAGCUUUGAGUGCAACCAUAUGGUAGAGGAGCACGAGGAGCAUUUCGAGACUUGGUGGUUCAAGAGGAAAACAAAACAUCCUGAUCUGCACAAGUGGUUCUGCAUCGAGACCAUCAAAGUGUGUUGUCCAAAGGGGACAUUUGGCCCUGACUGCAAUGCCUGUGUGGGGGGCUCUGACAGACCUUGUCACGGAAAUGGAAUGUGUGACGGAGAUGGGACACGCGGAGGGAAUGGGAAGUGCACCUGUGUCCACGGUUAUAGCGGAGAGUUCUGCUUAGACUGCAUUGACGGCUACUUCAACGAAGUGAGGAACGACACUUUUUCUCUCUGCACAGAAUGCCACUCCUCCUGCAAGACCUGCACUGGAGCAACCAAUCAGGACUGUGACGAGUGCAAGGAAGGCUGGGAGGACGAUGACCAGGAAGCUUGUGUAGAUGUGAAUGAGUGCUCCAAAGACCCCCCUCCGUGCACAGAAGAUCAGUACUGCCUUAACACAGAAGGUUCCUACUCUUGCAAGGCCUGUGAUAAAGUGUGCUCUGGCUGCACUGGAGCCGGACCCGAUAAGUGCCAGACUUGUGGCAGCGGGUACCAAGACAGAGAUGGAACCUGCACAGAUAUUGAUGAGUGUUCUCAGUCAGAGCCAGUAUGCACAGAAGAGCACCAGGAGUGUGUCAACAAUCAAGGCAGCUACACGUGCAUCUGCUCUGAAGGCUACGAGGAGCAAGAUGGCGAAUGUGUCCAAACACAGCAGCCAGAUGAAGUUGAGGAGUCUGAAGCAUCCGAGACAACCACAAGUCCACACAGAGAGCUUUGAUGUCAAAACGGGGACCAGGAUUAGCAAACUGCUGAUAUUUCUGCACACCUGAAGCCCCUCAUUCUCUAAAACUAUCGACCACAUGCACUUAAUGAACCACCGAGAGCCGUGCAGACAGCGGUUUCCAGCAGAGGAUCACUGAUUAAAGGACACGAAAAAGAGACCUUUUUAUGCUCAGUAUGCUGGUUGUUGCUUUUCUCCAGAGUGCUCAAACUGCCAUUUGUUGUCUUUGUGUUAUAUGGUUUUAAAAAGCAAAGGUGUUUCAAUAAAGCUUAAUUAUGUUAAAUUUA